AGGUAAUGCAUAUUCAUCUCAAGUGAUUUCCAUGGAGUUUUGGUUUAAUGAGUAUGAGAUAGUCAUAUGUUUUAUGUUUUCUGAAUGUAGGUUUUCCAGAACUAUCGGCUUUGUGGAUGCUGGAAUCAACUUUUCUUUGCAAGUUUUCAAGAAUGCUCAUCUUACUUAGUGGAGGCAGUAAGCAGUUGUUGAAUGCAAGUUAAUUUGGAACCGAAGCACUAUAUCAUCCGGGAUUUUGCAAAGACAACUCUUUCUCAAGAUGACUAAAAGAGGUGGAAAAGCUAAGGUAUUAGCACCAGGAAAACUUCAAGAAGAACGAAAUCGCAUAAUUAACAAGAAGCAUAUCGUUAGGAAACCUGCUCAAACAACAUUGUCUAUGCAGGAUGCAUCAUCGGCACCAACACCAGCUCAGGCAGCACCGUCCGUGCAGGUUGCAUCGUCGAUGCCGACAUCAGCUUCGAAAAAAUCAUCUGUGCAGGCUGCAUCGUCGAUGCCAACACCAGCUCAGGAAGCAUCGUCCGUGCAGGUUGCAUCAUCAAUGCCAACAUCAGCUUCUAAAAAAUCGUGUGUGCAGGCUGCAUCGUUGAUGCCAACACCAGCUCAGGCAGCAUCGUCCGUGCAGGAUGCAUCGUCGAUGCCAACACCAGCUCAGGCAGCAUCGUCUGUGCAGGCUGCAUCGUCGAUGCCAACACCAGCUCCAACUGUAGUACCUGUUCAUGCCACUACCUCUGAGAAAUUCAGUUUUAUGCCUACUCCAACUUUAAGCCAUCAAACAAUGGCUGGCCCUCAAAGUAUAAACCUUCAAACAAUGGCUAGCCCUUCAAUUUGGCAGAGGAGGAAGAUGUGGAUGCUGAUGAGGAUGAGGCGGCUAGUUCCUGCCAAAGAAGUUGCUGGUGCCAUUAAUUAUGCGAUACGCAAACAAUUUUAUAAACCUAUACAUCAUUGGUCUGCACUCGAUCCUGAUAUGAAAGCUGAUUGGUUUAAGUUGUUUGGAGAGAAGGUUUCGUGGGAUCCUUUCGAUCAUGCAUUUGUCUAUAGUGCAUUUGAAAAAAAAGAAGAAAACGAUUAA